AUGAGGAAAGCACGUUUGUUGCCUUGGUUGCUGAGAAGCGCAUAGCGGGCUUUGAUACGCGCGACGUUAACCGGUCGGUCGGUUUUGCUGCUACUAUUCUUCGCUGUACGAAGUACGUGACUCUUCUUUUCCUUUCUAAGAAAUAAUAUUUACGAAAGAAAUUGAUGACGAGCAUGGCAACAUCAAGAAAGACCAGAUCUUAUAUACCCACGGACAUUGAUUCAAUUGUAAGAAUGACGUGGGAUGAGAAUAAGGAUAGCGAUCAGAUGAAGAACAGUUUAACCUCGUACGAUGACACGUUGAUAAACGGCAAAAGCAACGGUUAUACCGUAAUGCGGAGCAACGGACACGCACGAUUUUCCAAGAAUCAAAGAAGAACUGAUAUAAAGGAACAAUCAAGAUUGAAAGAAUCGUUUGAGAAAGUUCCAUUUAUAACCGCAGCACUCACACAUCUUGGUUUUUACAUUCUUAUGAUUUUAGGUUUCAUAAAUCAAUUAUUCUUUAUACCAAAAGUGGCUCAAGAACAAAACCGACAGGGUUAUGCGCCACUUUAUGAAAAUUUUGAAAAGUUUUAUCUCUUAUAUGUCUACAGAAGAGUAAGAGAUUGUUGGAAUAGACCAAUAUGUUCUGUUCCAGGUGCGAUGGUUACAUUAAAAGAUCGUGUCACUCAUGAUUAUGGAUGGACAUUCCAGUUUACUGGAUCUGAAAGAUCUUGUAUAAAUUUAGGAUCUUACAAUUAUCUAGGCUUUGCAGAAUCAAGCGGAGCAUGUGCGGAACAAUCUAUCAUGGUUCUCCAAAAAUUAGGUUGUAGCAGUUGUAGUACUCGACUUGAAUUAGGAAAUGCACCUAUCCAUGAAGAAUUAGAAAAAUUAACAGCUUCAUUUUUGGGAGUUGAAGAUGCUAUAGUAUUUGGGAUGGGAUUUGCAACGAAUUCAUUAAAUUUACCAUCCCUUGUCAGCAAAGGCUGUUUGGUACUUAGUGAUGAGAAAAAUCAUGCGUCACUCAUUCUUGGAUUACGAUUGUCAGGAGCAACAAUACGUGUUUUUCACCAUAACAAUGUAAAGCAUUUGGAGGAUCAUUUAAAAAAAGCAAUAGUUUAUGGUCAACCAGGAAAUGGUGAACCAUGGAAGAAAAUAAUUAUAGUAGUUGAGGGUAUUUAUUCGAUGGAAGGAUCAAUAGUCCACCUUCCUGAAAUAUUGGAACUGAAAAAAAAGUACAAAGCCUAUCUUUACGUGGACGAGGCUCAUAGUAUAGGGGCAAUAGGAAAUCAUGGACGAGGAGUUUGUGAUUAUUAUAAUAUAGAUCCACGGGAAGUCGACAUACUUAUGGGAACAUUUACGAAAAGUUUUGGAUCUGCUGGCGGAUAUAUAGCUGGAACAAAGACUUUAAUAAAUUAUUUACGGGUACAUGGUCAUGCUCACACUUACGCAAUUGCAAUGUCACCUCCCGUCGCCCAACAAAUUAUCGCAUCUAUGAGAAUCAUCUCGGGCGAGGAUGGAACUGAUGCUGGAAAGAAACGUAUCAAACAAUUGGCAAGAAAUGUCAGAUACUUUAGACGUAGACUAAAUCAAAUUGGAGUUAUCAUUUAUGGAAAUGAAGAUUCGCCGGUAGCGCCGAUGCUAGUAUAUUUAUUUUCCAAAAUUUGGACGGUAGUACGUAGUUUUACAAAAUAUAAUAUAGCAACAGUCGGUGUUGGAUUUCCUGCAACACCUCUAAUGGCAGGAAGAAUACGUUUUUGCCUUUCUGCUUCGCACACGAAAGAACAAUUAGAUCAUGUAUUAUUACACGUUGAAAAACUAGCUGAUAAAUUAGGACUCAGGUAUUCGCGCAAACCCCGUGAUCCAAAUCCUAUAGAAUAUUAUUCUGAUAGUGAAACGGAAUGACCUACCUCGUAGCUUAGUAAAUCUUUAAUUAGUUUAGUUUUCUUUCUUUCCAAGAUAUUAGGAUAUCUCCAAAAGCUUUAAAGCAACAACAAUAUAUCUUUAUAUAAGGCUUGUAUGAUAUACCAAAAAUGAAAAAUAUAAGUAUUAGGUCACUUAGA